UCCUCAAAACUCUUGGAGCUUUGAGUGCAACUUUUCUGUGAAACAGCUUUUGGUAUAACUGUUGCUAAGUGUUAAAGUUAUUUACUUGCAACUUAUAAGGAUCAACAGGAGAUCAUGGAGUUACAAUAACUGAUUCCAUUUAAUGUCUAAGUAGGACUCUUCACCAGAAAAUCCCUGAUGAAACACUGAGCACUGCCGAUUUCAGUAUCUUCAAAAACAUCUUAGUUUUGAAGAGAGGGGAUUUCCACAAUGAGAGAUCGAUUGGAGGAGCUGCAUCAGACAGCUCAGGAGUCGUCAGGGCCAACAGCCGGUUCUACCAAUCCUUUCUCAGAGGAGGGUGAUGAUGAUGAAUCUGUGGAAGCUGGGACCAUUACGCAGCAGGCCGUGGUGUUUGAGGAGGAACCAGUCAUUCAGAAUUUCCUCUCUGAGGCUCAGCAAAUUAGAGAUGACAUCUCAACACUUGAAACAGAGGUCCUGAAGUUCUGUCAGCAGCAGAAGACCCUGGUGGCAUCCAUGCGUCGCUUUAGCGUGAUGAAGAAAGAGAGCAGCAUAACACGAGACAUCAAGCUACAGGCCGAAAGCCUCCACCGCCGUUUAGACGCCCUUUCAAAACAAGCCCAAAGAAUUGAAGACCAGCUGGGAACGAAUGCUGUCGCAGUGAGAAUACAACGCUCCCAGCAUGCAGCUCUGCAUCGCAGAUUUCAGCAGGUGAUGCGCCAGUAUAAUGAAGGUCUGCUGACCAAGCAGGAUCGUUGUAAGCACUUCAUUAUGCGGCAGCUGGAGAUAUUGGAAAAGAAUGUAACAGAGGAGGAGGUGAAUGAGAUGGUCGCCACAGGAAAUUGGGAGGUGUUCAACGAGAACUUGCUAAAUGAUGUCAGAAUCACACGGUCACAACUGUCUGAGAUCGAACAGCGACACAGGGAACUCUUGAGCCUGGAGAACAAUAUGAAAGAACUAAGAGACCUCUUCAUGGACAUCUUCAUGCUUGUAGAGGAACAAGGGGCUGACAUUGAACACAUCCAAACUAAUGUUGAGCGAACACAAGAUUACAUAGCUGUAACUAAUGAGAAGUUCAAGGCGGCUGCAAGAUAUAAAAAGAAGAACCCGAUUCGACAGCUGUGCUGCUGCUGUUGUCCUCCCUGGAGAUGCUGCAUGUGAAACAAGAGCAUUUUGUGCCUGAGAGUUCGUUCCAAAUAGGGCUUUAUUUCAAACACUCAUGGCUAACUUGGAAGUCAGCAACACAAGUGACAUUAAAAGGAAGGUAAAGGUGUCGAAGUUGUUGCUGCUGCUAAAAAAGAGCAAUGGUGAGUAGAGACGCAGCAGAGCACAGAAAACAAUUAAAGAGGAGGGCAGGAAUUGCUGUGGGAAGGUACUUGUUUCUUUCAGGAGGAGGUGAAGCGACUGCGAUUGGAAGAGACAGUUCAGUGAGUUCUACUCACCAACAUUGUUGCUUAUUGGAGACCUUCACUGUCAUCUGACAGAGGUCACAAACAAGAGGAGGCUACUGACACUGCUGGAUCAGCAAAAGUAAUAUUCCAGCCCUUCUUCCUGAAAAGUAAAGCACUGUUUUCCCCCUCUGCCAUAAGAAUCCUAAUGGGGAUAGAAUUGUUUUUUCAAAACAUGCACUUUGCAGGAUUCACUUUUCAUUUUGUGGGGCAUGAAGCAAAAUUUUCUCAUAAUGAGGAGAAUUUUAUUUUCAGAAAAAAAAAAUAUUUUGCAUACAUUUUAUUUUUGGCAAUGUAUUAAUAUAAAAAAUACAUUAGAACAUGUACUGUAUUUCAAGUCCUAAUUAUUCUUAAUUAUAUUUUGUAUUAAUUUAUGCAGUUUUAUGUGAGCAGAAUACAAAUAUUUUAGGCAUGACAAAAACCUUUGAACGUUGCUAAAUUUAGUAGUCACCGGCCCUUUAAAUGAAAUGUAAUACAUCAUUUUUCAAAGUUUUUCCUUUCUGUAUAAUAUAUAUUUUAAAUCUGCAUAAAAUCUGUAAUUUUUUAAAAUAAGACUCCAGUCAGCAUACUAAGAUGUGUUUUAUUAUAUCAGUGAGUGGAAAAGGGAGUUGUGGCCUCAGGGAAAGAAGCCAUUAAUUCUGGGAAUUUUACAUUUAACUCAUACAUAGAAUCAAAACACCCAGAAGUACUGAUUGACUUAUCUCUUACCAUUUUCUUGGAUUCAGCUAAGACUGUUAAUUCACAACUUCAGCAAAGUAAUGGGAAAUCAAGUGCUGAGUAAUGCAUUCAUCAUCGCUCUGGCUCCCUGGUGAACCAUCCUCUACCCAGAGAUGACGAUGGUGUUCCUUUGUGACUCAGCGGCCAACGGCGUCCGGUGUCCACGGCAAAAUACAGGUGCAGCUGGGUGUGUGAGUGAGAGCCAGCCUGGAAAAUCCAGUUGGACCACUUUUCCCAGAUAGCGGCAGGAUAUGUUGGGAGAAGCAGAACAGUAUAAACAGAACAGUUAACCGGUAGCAGAUUGCUGAAGACGUCUGCUCCUCUAUGAAUGUUUAGUUUCUUAUGAUUCUGUCUCACAAACAUUGAAACAAAUAGAGGAUUAUAGAUUUUAAAAUCAGUUUAUUGACCUUUCUGAGACUUUCACAAAUUCAGCUCAGGUCCAAAGCUUCUAUUGAAGUGUUUUAUAGCUUUUUUAUUCGCUUCUUUACUUUUUUUUUUGGUUCAGCAGAUGAACAUGGUGUGACAGAUGAAAGGUGAGGCGUGUGAUGACUUCCGCCUAUAGCAAGAAAACUCUUUUGACGAAGCAGCUUCUCUGUGUUGUACAUCAGGUUUUUCCAGGAUUACAAUCACAACAUGAGACCAAAGCAUGAAUGCAUCAGAUAUUCAAUUUUUACUAUGUAAACCAGAACAAAAUACAUGUAAUGCAUAUAUGAACACUUUCCCUUGAGAUUGUAAAGUAAAAUGAAGUGCUGCUGCAAAUUCCAAAUUUCCUAAACAGCAACAAUGCCAUCCAGUGUUCAAUAAGAUAACUACUAGCUUGAAAUUGGUUGUCACUUAACACUCAACUGCAAAUGGACACCAGUAUGGACUCUCAGAAAAGAAAAAGUGCAGGGUGAAAAAAUAUCAAACAUUUCAAACAAUCAAAGAAGUAAAUAUAAAAUCUCAGGUUUUAUGAAUUACUGCAAGCAAGCAUUUUAAAGUGACCAAAUGCUUUUCACAUGUUUGUAAAGUAAUAUAAGAAAUACAUUAGAGAAAAGAAAAAGUAAACUCCAGUAGGGACCUUAAAAAAAUAUGUUUUUCACAUAUUUGUUAAAACUGUCACUAUGUAGUGACAGUAUAACACGAGACGGAUAGUCUGUGAAACAUUUAAGCUCCUCUGUCUCCUCCCUGUGGUCCUACUGACAUCAGAAAGAAUACACCACUCCCAGUGAGAAACAACCAUUCAGAGUCAGGAAAAAGGUCUCAGCACUGUCAGUCAUGUUUUUGCAUGUGCUGCCGGUUUGCUGCAUCUGCACUAACAGUGGAGAAACAACUUUCUGUUACUGGAAAACUGUUUUUCUAUCACCAUCAGUGACAUGCAGAAAUAUCCUAUUAUGAUCACCUCAUCAAUGUAUGGCAUCUCAGUCUCUUCAUACCACACAAUAUAAUCAACAUACAAAUAAAAACAGUUACUUAACAAUAUUCAAAUACAUCUGUGCUUUCAGCAUAUACAAUAUAUUUAUAAUUUAUAGAUUUAACUUCAAUAAUAUUGAGGAUACAUGACUGAAAGACGAGUCCAGGAAGGCAUUUAAGUUGCAAGAGAUGUUGUUCUUGAUUGUUUUCCACCUUUGUUUUUCACCUCUAAUUGUUUUCCACCGCUUUGUGUUUCAUAAGUCAUACGAAGCACCAUGGGUCAUAAAAAAGUGGAUUUUAUUUUUAGUUCAAUUUAUUCAAUUCAGUCAUUGUGACUAUUCUGAAAUAAAUUAUUUUAUUGCUUCAGUAA